AUGCACAAAGCCCCGCGUACGGCUGAGCCAACUCACAACCAGUUUUUCUCGACGGGAGGUUCUAAUAGCGAGUGCCUCUGUCCGUUGUUGGCUACACAGAACUGGUCCUACGCCGAACGUGUCAAUGCAAAUAUGAGGAGGUUGAGGAAAUCACACGGCUGGGAUCGUAUACGGCACAAGGAGACGAAUGCCGAUUGUGGGUCCACAAGUUCGAGCAGCACACGGCACAACCCCGAUCAGCCUACAGAACAACACCCAAAAGAAAGCUCGACCUCGUCGGUGCUCUGUAGAGAUUCGACCCCGAAAGAAAUAGAUUAUUCCGAGGACCUUCAACCCGAGGAUGUCUCCCAAGGCAACUCGGCAGUAUUACCCAAACACAUCCAGCACAACAAUACCCAUCGCCCGCUCGCUUACAUGGCGAGAGAAGAAGACGCAGAGGAGGAGUCAAAUCCGCACGAACCAUCGAAGAAGAAUCAUCCAUUCGGCUACGAACCGGUCACGGCAACAUCGCAGCAGGGACAAAGCUUGGAUGUCAUUAUCAAAGUCCUGCAGCAGAAGCAGAAGCAGUGCGAAGAGGAGACCUGGACAUUUGACGUCGGGCAGCACAAGAUCAUCAUACGCGACUACGCGUUCAAAUGUGCGAUCUGGAUGCAGUUGAUCGGCGAUCUUAUUAUUCCGGUUGCACCCUCGCAAGCGGCAGGGCCAUGGGAGCUGAUCAAGAAGGUUCCUAUUGCAUUCGACAAGCAAAUGACCGCUCUACUUAGGACUGUUGACCGAGUCCUACAGGUCACACACCGUGCCAGAGUAUACGAGAUCAUCUACUCGGCAGAUGAUAGUGGCAUUGAGGAGACGCUGCGCCACGAUCUUGUCAACAUCUACCAGGCUAUUUUGGAAUUGUUGUCUUAUAUUACUGAUCUACUAUCGAAGACGACUAUGGAAAGGGUGCUAAAAGAAAUAUUCAAUCAGAGCACGGGGCUGUUCUCCGAUCUUGCAGCGAAGGAACGCGAACUUAAGAAUACGGCCAGCGGAACUGGGGAGUGGUUACUACAAUACCGUGUUUUCCGACAAUGGAAGAAGAGUAGCUUCACAGCCGCGCUGUGGCUGCGAGGGUCUCAAUCGGGGACUGACAACAGUCAAGCGGACACGGGGAAGACCUUCCUCACCUCGAGAGUUAUUGACCACGUCGAAGGCACUCUCCGAACGACCGCCAACGACGAAGGCUUUGCCUACUUCUACUGCAACCGAACCGAAGACAUCCGUACACGCUUUUUGGCUGUAGCCCAGAGCUAUGUUCGUCAGUUGUCGUCUUCCGCAAACGAAAUCAACUUUUAUUACAUUCAGUUCAAGCUUCGGAUCUGCUAUAAGGAGCAGCGGAUUUGUGCAUUCUUAAAUCUCUACCCCCGGACCAUACUAAUUCUGGAUGCAUUUGACGAGUGCAAUCCUAUAUUACGGAAAGAGCUCCUUCGACUGUUUGAAGAUUUGCUUCUAAUCAGUACAAAACUGAUUAAGCUCUUUAUUUCGAGCCGCCCUAACAGAGAUAUACGGAGUCGCUUCCAGUCCCACCCAAAUAUUGAGAUUCAGUCGACGGAUAACCGCGAUGACAUCGAGGCCUACAUACAGCAAAGAAUCCCCGAUGUUAUUGAAUAUGAGGAACUCCACGCUGAAGUGAUCUCGACUCUGUUAGAGAAAUGUGAUGGAAUAUAA